AUGAAACUCUCUGGUCUUCUUCUUUUCUUUGUGCCUUUAGCUAGUGCACGAGCCGUACGAUACCACCAUCAGAUACCCAUCGCCGAAGGAGCCACGAAGGACCUCACGAGCGCGAAAGAGCUUGAUCUAGAUACCACUCCCAGCAUCGGCGUCCAUUUCACAACGUCACAAGCAGUAGCUGCUGCGCGAUAUGCAAACGGAACAACAAUCGACAUCGUAAAAAUCCCUGGAGACGCCGGAUACAUAGACCUAAUGUCGCGGUGGAUGUUCCGAUACUCAGAUUAUGAGAUCCUAAGAAACCGGAACGACAGCGUUGUACUAGCAACAUUUCUUUCGAAAGUGCACGCAACCAUCGGAGCUCAACUCGACAGCUCUAUUACACAAAUCACACCAACUGUCGUAUUCCCACUUCGCAGGGCUCAGAAAACGCUAUUUCAAAGCGCCUUGCUACUUGCCGGAUUCGCAUCGUCCAAGGAAAGCUCCACCAUAUAUCCGGAAGCGUACGCUACACACGCUGCUCUGGAACACACAUCUUGUGCCCGGCAAACGCUACCAGAGCAACACCAACAUGUUCUCGUCAUCGCCUUUGACGAUAGCUCCUUCAGCGCGAGUAUGCAUCAAACGUCUUGCGACGCCCAAUCUCCACAGCCGCACAUGAUCAACUACGUCACUCGCUCGGACCUCGGUUGGUGGAACCUCCCUGUCUACGACGCACCGCGAGCGAAGUUCUGGUCGAAGCUACAGGAAGCAGUCAUUCAUGCUGUGAGUGGGUUGGGGAAGCCACCGGGCAGGAUAGUGUUAUCGGGCAGCCAUGGCGGAGACAAAGAGUUUAAAGAGACAGUGGAGGAUGCGCUUUGGACGGAGUUGGAGGUUGAUGUUGGAACGUUGCUUGGAAGUCAUCAAGAGGCGGAUAACGAGUGGCUCGCAGCAAGGGGUGCAGCAGAGCUGGGAUGGCGGUCAUCUCAUUAA